GCUCUUGCAUUGCGCUGCCCAACGGCUUGUACAAGCAGACGUGCCGGUGCCGGCUCGCACGUCGGCCGGAUAGGGUGUCCGUGCCCUUCGUGGUCGGGGACGUUUUCCGCCGGUUCGUCGGCCGCACUGCCCAAGUUUUUGCGCCACAGUUUCAGCGGGCUUGUUUUCCCCACCAAAACAAGCUCAGUACCAGAGCUGGCACGGAGGCUCUCACUCGCGUCCUCGCCGCAACAGGCGAACUCAACCCACGGGCCACACACGGCCAAGGCGAGGGUGGCGAACAGGGAGAUCCGCUGAUGCCUGCCUUGCACGCAAUUGCCCAGCAGCCGGCACUGCACGACGUCCAGGCGGCAUUUCGUGAAGGUCUUGACGAUACUUAUGCGGUCGUCGCGCCGGAGCGUGUGAGGGAGCUGUACAGCGUGACCGCGCCGCGACAUUGGGGGCACGUGCGCGGGUUGAACUCAACUUCGAAAAAUCGUGCAUUUGGAAUGCGGCCGGCAAAACCACGAGAUGUUGCCGACCUGCAGAAGGAGGGGGCCAUGCGCUCUCG